AUGGAGAUGGAGGAAGAGAAACACAAGUUCAUCAUCCCGGUCCACGAAAGGCGGCAACCCGGGACCGUCACAGUCGACCCGGCGCAGACGCAGACGCAAUACGCCACAACAUCACCGGCCCCCGAGGCGCCCAGGAUACAACACAUCGACAACUCAUAUCCCCAGGCAGCACACCUCCGACAAGACGUCCCCGAUGCUUCGCCGCCGUAUCCCGAAUCCCGCAGGAUCAGCACCGAGAACGCGCCGGUCCUCCCGAUAGCGCACACAUAUGCUCCAGCGGUACCGGCGGCAGUGGCGUCCGCGCCGUCGGCCAGCAGCAGCGGCGGCGGCGGCGGCGCCAUGGCGGGCUGGAUGCGGAAACUAGAGAACGCCGGGCAGGUCGAGGGGGAGCCGCGCAAGACGAUCCUCGGUCUGACCAUCUUCCGCUUCUGGGCGGCUGUCGCCCUGGGCAUCAUCAUCGUCGGCGUCGCCAUCGCCGUCGGCCUGGGGCUGGGUUUGGCUAACCGCACCACGAGGACCACCACGAGGACGAUAGACGGGUAUCCGUCGACAGUGACACAGAUCCUCGGCGUGCCCUCCCCGGCCCCGUUGAACCCGUACUGCUACGACGGCAGCAACCCCUCCCGCUACUCCAACAAGAGCAUCACGCCCUACGACGCCUCGGGCUCCCCGAUCCGCUUCAACAACGACCAGGUCAUGUCCUUCGACGUCCUCUGCAACACCUUCUGGCCACAGCGCCAGGGCAUCAACCCGGGCGUUCGCGACAUCCUCGUCAUGACCGUCCCCGACAUGCUCUCGUGCAUGACGCUCUGCGCGCAGUACAACCAGGGCUACAGCGACGCCGUCGGCGAUGAUGUCUACGUCGGCGGCGGCAUCUGCGUCGGCGUCGCGCUGAUCAAGGGCACCGGCCAGUUCUGCUACCUCAAGAACGCCACCGGCAUCAACGACACCACCGCCGCCGGUGGGUUCCGGGUCGACUCCGCCGUGCUCGUGGGCGACUGGGCCAACUUGACCAGCGUCGAACAGACGCUUGCCUUUGGCGGCAACAUCGAGGUUGGGUCCAACGCGACGACCACGGCUGGUUGA